AUCAACAGAUGGUGGCCUCAGGAUGGUAAGCAGGAAAGAUAACAGAAUCUAGGUGGGGCCAGAUGCUGAUACUUUCCGCCCUCAUUGGUGGUUUUCUUGCUCUGACUUUGCAAGCCUGUUCAUAAUUCCAGUAUGUAUGAGAGAAUAACAGUUGGAUUACUAUUGUCAGGUUACUUUUUAACAACAAGUGCCAAUGCUGCACUUACAACCGAAGUUUCUUCAACUCAUUCCCUACAAGCAAGAACAGGUUAUUCUUUAAAAAGUACCAGUGCUAUACAGGCAACCGAAGUUUCUCCAGCUCAUUCCCUACAAACAAGCACAGUAAAUACUUCCCCAAAGGUCCCUCCUACAAUGAGUGAUGAAGAGGCUGCUGUCACCACCGUAGACCCCUCCUACCCAGGAGCAAAACAAGGAAGAAAUCAAAUUAUACACCCUUUCUCUGAACCAGUGAUAAUAUUAAUUAUUUUUGCGGUAAUGUUUGGUAUCAUUGGAACAAUCCUUUUAAUUUCUUUCUGUGUCAGGCGACUGGUCAAGAAAAGUCCACCAGUCAUAAAACCUGUCUCCUUGGAAGACACAGACUUGCCUUUAAAUUCUGUUGAAAUGGGACAGACAGAAUAACCAAAGAGAAUGUGCUCACCAAGCCAAAUUUUGGAAGAAUUCAAAGACAUUAGUCAAGUGAAAAAUGAUCACAGAAAUUGGAACCAUCAGUAGAUUAUGUAGCUACCUACGUUGUACCAUUUCAGGAAGCAAAUUUCAUCAUAAUGUGUUUCAGAGAUUCAACCAAGAGGAAAAAAAAUCUUUGCUCAUUAAUACUUCAAGAUAAAGAGUGUACAUUUCCUUGCAUGCUUGCUUUUGUGUUAGCAUAAUUUUUAUAAUUAAUUGCUUUAGGAUAUCUGACCUAAAAUUUCUGCUGAAUUCAUCUGCUAUUUUUUAAGACUGACUUAUUCUAUCCUAUUAUAAUCUUAAUGAUUGCACUGUCAAACGAAGGUCUUAUAACAUCUCCUUUAUGUAUAAGUUCUUCUCUUUCUAAACUCUUAGGUUCACUUUCAUUGUUUUAAAUAAACUACAGGGUCAAUGAAGUCCUCAUUGUUUUCCUUCAUUGCUGAACAGACAAGAUGUAGUAUUGCAUUAAUGAUGAUAAUAGUUUACUCACAUGAAUAAAGCUUGCACUGGAAAAAUGCCAUAAAUUAUGUAAUAACACAUUUACACAUUUAUCGUUUAAUGAAUAAAUCAAUUAAAAAGACUUUUCCCAUGAAAAACACAAAUGGCCCAUGUAAAAUAACUUGUCUGACAGCAGAGUCCAACAGAAGCUCUGGCUCUUGUGUUGUUCUCCACUGGAGGUGAUUUGUGUGAGUGAUCAGGGUGUCCUGAGAAAGAGAAGAAUGAAUAGAAUUUUCUCAUGAAUGAAAUUUAAUAACUCUUAAGGGCAGCAAGAUGUACAAACUUGACAUGCUGUUUUAAUAGCUGUCUCCAUGUUUCCUCAAUUAAAUUCUUUAAUCCAUCCCAUUCCAGUUUCUCUCAUUAAUAAAAUGCUUUAAAUUGCCUAAAAGAAGUUUCUAGAUAUAAGAGGCUAAGGCUUUGUGGCUAUAUAGCUGUCACUCAUUUAGAGCCAAACUUAAAAAGUUCAUAUAAAGGUAAGAAAGACCUUCCUGUGAUAGUCUAUUUUCCAAAAGAAUAAGAAUCAAUGUUGCUUUACAUUGCUGUGUGAUAAUUAAGUAAAUAAUUGUGUAUUUAUAUCUGGGCCUGGAAACAAAUUUAUUUUUUAAUAAAUUUAAAAAAAAUCUAAAUCUCAUAUUUUCAGAGAAUGUUUUUGAAUUAAAUCACCUAUUUAAAAUAAAGUGAAAAAAGAAGACAACAUGA